CCCCAAAGUCAACAGUCUCGACUCCACUCCUCUGUGAAGAGGCGAGGGGGCGGAGAUACGGACUACCCCUUGUCCGCUGCCAAGCGGGCUGGAGCAGAGAGAGGGACAGGAGAUCUUUUCCAAAUCGCGGCAGCUUUAUAAGGCCUGGAUUCUCAGCAAUCUGGCAGCAGGGAAUUAGCGUCCGAGUUUCAAGUUCCAAUCAAGCGCAGAGGAAACAAGUUCUUCCAAAAGGGAGGAGCAGCAGGAGAGGAGCCAUGGCGGAGCAGAGCACGUCGGGGAUUGGCGUGGACGCAGCCGGCGAUCCGGGCGUGUCGAUGCACGGGGUGACGGGCAAGGAGCAGGCCUUCGCCUUCUCGGUGGAGGCGCCAUCGCCGAUAGCCGACCCCGCCGCCAAGAAAUUCGCGCUGCCCGUCGACUCGGAGCACAAAUCCAAGGUGUUCAACAUCUUCUCGCUGGCCAACCCACACAUGAGAACCUUUCACCUCUCGUGGAUCGCCUUCUUCACUUGCUUCACCUCCACCUUCGCGGCGCCGCCGCUCCUCCCGAUCAUCCGCGACAACCUGGGGCUCACCAAGCUGGACGUGGGCAGGGCCGGAAUCGCGUCCGUGACGGGCGCCAUCGUCUCCAGGUUCGCCAUGGGGCCAGUGUGCGAUCUCGUCGGCCCGCGCUAUGGCUGCGCCUUCGUGAUUAUGAUGACCGCCCCCGCCGUCUUCUCCAUGAGCCUCGUCUCGUCGGCCACCGGAUUCAUCCUCGCGCGCUUCUUCAUCGGCUUCGGCCUCGCCACCUUCGUGUCGUGCCAGUUUUGGAUGAGCUCCAUGUUCAACAGCAAGAUCGUGGGAUCCGCAAACGGCACCGCUGCCGGGUGGGGCAAUCUGGGCGGCGGAGCCACGCAGCUCAUCAUGCCGCUCGUCUUCAAGGCCAUCCAAUCCAUGGGGUCGGACAAGUUCAUCGCCUGGAGGAUCGCCUUCUUCGUCCCGGGCUUCUUCCACAUCUUCAUGGGCCUGAUGGUGCUCACCCUCGGCCAGGACCUCCCGGAUGGCAACUACGCGCUGCUCAAGGAGACGGGCAAGAAGAACAAGGACGCAUUCUCCAAGGUGUUUGUCAACGCGAUCAGGAACUACCGGACGUGGAUCUUCGCGCUGCUCUACGGCUACAGCUUCGGCGUGGAGCUGACGGUGGACAACAUCAUCGCCGAGUACUUCUACGAUCGCUUCGGCCUCGACCUCCACACCGCGGGCAUUGUCGCCUCCACCUUCGGCAUGGCCAACCUCUUCGCGCGGCCGCUGGGCGGGAUCCUGUCCGACGUCGUCGCCCGCCGCUUUGGAAUGCGGGGGAGGCUGUGGGCGCUGUGGCUGAUGCAAUCCAUGGGAGCAGUGCUGUGCAUCGUCCUCGGCCUGGUUGGAAGCCUAGGCCCCUCCAUCGGCGUCAUGAUCCUCUUCUCGCUCUUCCUCCAGGGCGCCUGUGGCUGCACCUUCGGCAUCAUCCCUUUCGUGUCGCACCGAUCGCUGGGCGUCAUCUCCGGCCUCACGGGCGCCGGCGGCAACGUUGGCGCGGUGCUCACGCAGCUCAUCUUCUUCACCAGCAACCAGUACUCCACGCAAAAGGGGAUCUCGCUCAUGGGCGUGAUGAGCUUGGCGUGCACGAUGCCAGUGCUCCUCGUCUACUUCCCGCAGUGGGGCGGCGCGCUCUUCCCGGCAUCCGGCGAGGUCACCGAAGAGCACUACUACACAUCCGAGUGGACCAAAGCCGAGAAGGAGCAGGGCAUGCACAAUGCGAGCGUCAAAUUCGCGGAGAAUGCUCGAUCCGAGCGCGGGCGCCGGGUCGCGUCGGCUCCCACGCCCCCUCAUCCCUCUUCCAUGGCUUGAGAACCCUAAAAAGUUUCAACUGCUUUGCUGAAUACUUUUUUUUAUACAUAGAAAUGAAAGGCACCCAUUUUUA